CGGGAUGGAGAACGCCGCUGCCCGCCACCCUGCCAGCCACUCGCUCGGGACACUGGCCCUGCCGCUCUGUGCCCAUGGCGUCCACCACCUCCGCUGUGCCAGGACCCCUCUCUCCGAGCGUGCCCGGCAACCGCAGUGAGGAGCUGCUGGAUGAGAGGGACCCGCUGCUCGCCCGGGUGGAGGUGGCCCUGCUUGCCACGGUUUUUGUGGUGGUGACUCUGAGCAACGGCCUGGUGCUGGGGGCCCUGGUGCGGCGGGGCCGGCGGGGCCGCUGGGCACCCAUGCACGUCUUCAUCUGCCACCUGUGCCUGGCUGACCUGGUGGUGGCCCUGUUCCAAGUGCUGCCUCAGCUCGCCUGGGACGCCACCGACCGCUUUCUGGGGCCUGACGCCCUGUGCAGGGCCAUCAAGUACCUGCAGAUGGUGGGCAUGUACGCCUCGUCCUACAUGAUCCUGGCCAUGACCGUGGACCGCCACCGCGCCAUCUGCCAGCCCAUGCUGGCCUACCGCCAGGGCGGUGGCGCCCACUGGAACCGGCCAGUGCUGCUGGCCUGGGCCUUCUCGCUGCUGCUCAGCAUCCCACAGCUCUUCAUCUUCGCACAGCGGGACGUGGGCGACGGCAGCGGCGUCUUUGACUGCUGGGCCCGCUUUGUCGAGCCCUGGGGGCUGCGUGCCUACGUCACCUGGAUCGCCCUGAUGGUGUUCCUGGCCCCUGCGCUGGGAAUUGCCAUCUGCCAGGUGCUCAUCUUCCGGGAGAUCCAUGCCAGCCUGCUGCCGGGGCCAGCCCAAGGGGCGGGGGCGCACUGCCGAGGGGGCGGGCAGGCCACUGGCCGCGAGGGGACGCGGGUGUCGGCGGCCGUGGCCAAGACCGUGAGGAUGACGCUGGUGAUCGUCAUCGUCUAUGUCCUGUGCUGGGCGCCCUUCUUCCUGGUGCAGCUGUGGGCGGCCUGGGACCCCGACGCCCCCCUGGAAGGACCGCCCUUCGUGCUGCUCAUGCUGCUGGCCAGCCUCAACAGCUGCACCAACCCCUGGAUCUACACCCUCUUCAGCAGCAGCGUCUCGGCCGAGCUCCGGCGCCUGCUGUGCUGCGCCUCGAGGCGCGCCCUGCCUAGCCUGGGCCCCCAGGAGGAGUCCUGCGCCACUGCCAGCUCCUUCCUGGCCAAAGAUGUUUCCCUCUGAUCAGGAGAGAGCCCAGAGGCUGGCA